CGCCGCGCUGUACGUUUUGUCUGGUGCAGGGAACGGUCAUCAUGAAGCUGCUCAGCCUGUGUCUCUUGGUGGCCUCGGCCCUCGCGGCUCCAUCAACUAUUCCGCGGUUCAGGAGAGGCCACAACAGGAUAGUUGGCGGCACAGAUGCUCGUCCUGGGCAGUUCCCUUUCCAGCUGAGCUUCCAGGACACUUCCUUCGGCAACAACUUCCACUUCUGCGGGGCUUCUGUCUACACUCCUGAUACCAUGAUCACCGCAGGACACUGUGUCGACGGAGAAAACUACGACAAUCCUCAAAAUUUGAGGAUCGUUGCUGGUGAUUACAACCUUGCUACCGACGACGGAACCGAACAGGCGAGAGACGUAACUCGAAUCAUCCUGCACGAAGGCUGGGACUACUCUACCUAUGAAAACGAUAUCGCGUUGUUGAAAGUUAGCAUUGCUCUUACCUUUGACCAGUAUGUGUCAGGAGUGACACUUCCUGCUCAGGGUCAAAUCUUCACAGGAAAUGCUUUCGUGUCCGGAUGGGGAACUUUGAGCUCAGGAGGCCAAGUGCCUGAUAUCCUGCAGUACGUAAGCGUGCCCAUCGUCACCGAUAAUGAUUGCAGGGAUAGCUAUGGUGUUUCUGAUAUUUUCGACUCAAUGAUCUGUGCUGGGGAAAAAGGCAAGGACUCCUGUCAGGGUGACUCUGGAGGUCCCAUGACGUGCGGAGAUUAUCUCUGUGGAAUUGUUUCCUGGGGAUCAGGUUGCGGUGUGCCUGGAUACCCUGGAGUGUACACCGAAGUGUCAUACUUCGUCGACUGGAUCCUCGGCAACGCAUAAUGCCUUGAAUUGGAGUAGAAAGUAAAACUUAUGCCUGUGAAUGUUACAGAAGUUAAAAUUUAAUUCGACCCAGAAUAGCUGCCAAGAUGUUGAAACUUAUAUUGAACCGGUUCAGGUAAUAAAAUUAGUAUAUC